AUGUUCGCCCGCCAGUCGCUCUCUGUCGCCCGUCAGGCUGCCGCACGCCGCACCGUCGCCCUCCCCAAGGCGCGCGCGUUCCACGUCGACAACGUCAUCAACAACACCACUCCCUUUGACCAGACCAACGGCACCAAGCUCGCGCUCUACAUGAUCGGCUUCUUCGGCGGCGGAUUCGCGAUCCCCUUCGUCGCCGCCGCUUUCCAGAUCCACAAGGCCUCGGCAUAA